AUCCCUCUCCCUCUCUCACAGCUAAAACCCUCAUUUUUCAAUUGUCUCUUGAUUCUUCGCAAACCCUAGAACCUUCCGAGAGAAUGUCGUUGUUUCGUCGAGCCUCGUCUAGUUUGGCCACUCUUGCCUUCCGUGCAGUUAGAUCUCCAGUGAGCCUCCGCAGUGGCGCCGUAUCCGCCGAGAGAUUGAUUCUUCGUAGCCAGCAGCUCAGGUCGGUGUCUUCAUUCUCGAGAUUUUCGUCGGUCGAUAAAAGAACGGCCGAUAAGAACCUGGUUAGCGUUAUCGAAUCUGAAAUCGAAUGUGCAGUGAACGAGGAGGCGCCUGACGAAAACGUUAUGGAAGAUUUGCCAGAAGGUUUUCCUUUUGAGAUCAUUGAUACUCCAGGGAAACGAACUUUGUUACUUCAAAGGAAGUUUGAGGAUGAAACUAUCCAAGUCGAAGUUGAAGAAGGAGAAGCUGAAAACGAUGAUGAAGAUGAUGAGGAAAGCGCUGCUAAACUCCGGAUUCCGAUGGUUGUGAGUGUUUCCAAAGGUCAUGAUGGUAGAUGUCUUGAGUUUGGAGUUAGUGCUUACUCCGAUGAGAUUGUGAUUGAUAGUUUAUCCAUCAAGCAUCCCCAAGAUUCUAACAGUGAGCUUGCUGCUUACGAAGGACCUGAUUUUGAUGACUUGGAUGAGAAUCUGCAGAAGGCUUUCCACAGGUUCUUGGAGAUCAGAGGGAUCAAGCCCAGCUUCACUGACUUUCUUGCUGUUUACGUGGCUAACAAAGACAGCAGAGAGUAUCUUCAAUGGCUCAAGGAUGUUAAGUCUUUUGUUGACAAGUGA